AUGAAGAUACCAUGCAAGCAUGAUCGAGAGCGCAGCGCGCUGUUCACGGCCGAGAAGAAGCAUUCGCGGGACACAAACAAAAGAAAGCUUCAAAUGGUUCGCCGCCGCUGGUAUGGCUGCGCCUCGCAAGGCGGAACGCAGCAGCAGCAGCAGCAGCAGCAGCAGCAGCAGCAGCAGCAGCAGCAGCAGCAGCAGCAGCAGCAGCAGCAGCAGCAGCAGCAGCAGCAGCAGCAGCAGCAGCAGCAGCAGCAGCAGCAGCAGCAGCAGCAGCAGCAGCAGCAGCAGCAGCAGCAGCAGCAGCAGCAGCAGCAGCAGCAGCAGCAGCAGCAGCAGCAGCAGCAGCAGCAGCAGCAGCAGCAGCAGCAGCAGCAGCAGCAGCAGCAGCAGCAGCAGCAGCAGCAGCAGCAGCAGCAGCAGCAGCAGCAGCAGCAGCAGAGCAGCAGCAGC